UUUACAAAGCCUCAUGAGAACAGCGUUGAUUAUCCUGACAUGGCUAAGGAGGCAGGCCAGAAGGCUUUAGCUGAUGCUGGGAUUCCUUAUUCAGAAGUGAAGCAGGCAUGUGUGGGUUACGUCUAUGGUGACUCUGCCUGUGGACAACGGGCUAUCUAUCAUGGUUUGGGGUUAACUGGCAUUCCUAUCAUUAAUGUUAACAACAACUGUGCUACUGGCUCAACUGCUUUGUUCAUGGCCAGACAACUGGUAGAAGGAGGUUUGGCAGAUUGUGUUCUGGCACUUGGCUUUGAGAGGAUGGCAAAAGGAUCCCUUGCUUCAAUUUUUUCAGACAGAGCUAACCCAAUGGACAAACAUUUGCAACUUAUGAUGAAUAAACGCGGCUUAGAAAGUGCUCCAAUAGCACCUCAGUUGUUUGCAAGUGCUGGCAAAGAACAUAUGGAGAGAUAUGGGACAAAUCCAGAAUACUUUGCAAAAAUUGCAUGGAAGAAUCAUAGCCAUUCAACUAAGAACCCGUAUUCCCAGUUCCAGAAGGAGUACACCUUAGAGGAGGUUCUGCAGUCUCGCAAAAUUUUUGAUUUCUUGACUGUCUUACAGUGUUGUCCAACAUCAAAUGGCGCUGCAGCUGCAGUUCUGGCUAAUGAGGAGUUUGUGAAAAGGCACAGACUGCAGCCCAAAGCUGUGGAAAUUCUAGCCCAGGUGAUGGCUACCGAUUAUCCAAGCACCUUUGAAGAAAACAGUUGUAUGAAGUUGGUUGGCUAUGAUAUGACCAAAAAAGCUGCAGAAAAAUGUUUUGAAAAAGCAGGCCUGAAACCAACAGAUGUUGAUGUGAUUGAACUUCAUGACUGUUUCUCAGUUAAUGAGUUCAUUACCUACGAAGCUCUGGGACUCUGUCCAGAAGGAAAAGCAUGUGACCUGAUUGACAGAGGAGACAACACUUAUGGAGGAAAAUGGGUCAUUAAUCCUAGUGGUGGCUUGAUUUCAAAGGGACAUCCUCUUGGUGCUACAG